GGCCACCCCUUUAAGAAGGUUGACUUGAAUAUGCAUAACAUCGUCAUCCAUGUCUGUUAAGAGUCUCAAGAAUCGUACAUACUUGGUUAAAUGGCCAAGUGGUUUUUAGCACGCGUUGGAUGGAAGUCUGUAAGUAAUACGCUGAGCAGAAGAGGAUUAUGAGCGUAUGUUUUUUGACCGAUGGCAACGUUACGUCGAACGGUCUCUGAGAAUAAUGUUGUGACGAUGAUGCAUAUUAUUUUAUGUAUUUGGUGACUAAUACGUACGAUGCAUUGUAUUGUUGAAUAUUGCCUAUUGUUGGGAAGGAGUGGAAACACGUAUGCAAAGUUGAAAGGAGGAAAGUCAUGGUCAUAUGAAGCGUUCGGAGUCCAAGUUUUUUUAUGCGGCCCGGUUAUUACUGGUAUCACGCGGUGAUUAUUAAGUACACGGUUACGAAUUCGUCAGCCCCACAUGCAAUAAAAUAAAGCAGACUAGUAUAACUAAAUACAUAUGUAGAUAUGUACAUAUAAGCACAACCGGAAACUUAACGAGAUGAGUGGACCAGCAUAAGGUGAGUGAGUAGUGAUGCUACUGCUGGAGUCGUGAACUUUAACAAAAGAGUAGCCAUGUAGUUAACAGAAUUUGAACAAAGGGUAACAAAAGCCAAAUGGAACUCGAUUUUAGAUCUAUUCUCAUUUUCAAAUUCACAACUUUGCAUAGUUAUUAGGCAAAACCUUCAGUAAACCAAAUACUUAAAUGUUGAGUAACACAUCCGAUCAGCAUAGCUUCUUGUGGUAAUUAUAUACUCAUUAAAAAGUCGUAAAAGUUUCAUCUUGUGGUAAAGAAUGAGUACAGAUUAUAAUAAGAAUGAAAUGUUGGCACGUGAUAAUUGGCCCCAUGAAUGUAUCUGCUUCUAACGGGUUUUAAAAGUAUGAUGAAAUGAAGGUGAAACCUAAACUUCUUAACGAGCUGAGUUACUAGGAUGGAUAAAAAUUUGGAAUAAUAAAGAAAGAAUGUAUGCCGUACUACUUAUACGUAAACUACUUUGGUUCUAUAAUUCUUUCGUUUAAACAAACUCUCAAGUUUUUAAAGAAUUAGCACAUCUAAUUUGAAUUACUACGCUAACUACUGAAUCUGAGAUAAGAAAUUACAACUCAACAUGUCAAAUUUUCCCCGUAGAAAAAUAGCGUUAGCGAGCACACGUAAAAAGUGCGAAACAAAUCCGUGCAAAACAAAGAGCUUUUCCGGGUUCAAUCUGCUCCGCAAGAAAUCGCAGGAUCAAUGGCGAUGCUGCAUCCAUUCAUGAAUAUGCAGUAGGAUUGCGAGCCCUGUUAUCCGGAGGAACUCGAGUCUAUGGCAAUUGAUUGUGGAGAAAGUAGGUUGAGACAAGGCUCAUACUUUCACUUUCUCUCCUCCUCUCUUGGAGAGAGCAAAGAGUCCGCAAGGGACCCGACUGACACGAAAGUAAAUUGCGGUAAUUAUGUAACGGACAUUGGCCCUCCCAAAAAAGCUAAUCAACUCGGGUGCAUAAUUUAGUAGCAGUUCACUGGGAACAAUUCACUAUGAUUUCUCCUUUUUCUGGGGAGAAAGCUGUCCAAAAAAGGUCCUUAUUUUCCACGGGGUAGCUACCAGCUUGCCUAAUCAUGGUGAUGAUAAGCCCCUGUUCCGGGUGCGACACACCCACACUGGCCAGAAUACUGGCUCUUUUCGAAGCGGUAUCUGGAAUCGCAACAAUAAUAAAAUCGGCCUGGUGGUACUGGUUCUUUAGAAUUCCGGUCAAGCAGAAAAGAAGGAAUUCCAUUCCAGAACCCAUCAUAACAAGACAUCUCGACGACAGUGGAGAAAAUCCAGAACCUGGAGGAGAAAGUUUGGGAUUAGUGGAUCAACUUCCGUUUGACGGUAUUCCUCCAACAGUGUGUCAAAUUCAACCAGAUUUUGUCACAAACAACACUGCAGAGAUAGAUUCGAUUGCAAGUAGUGCGAAUGAGGAAGCAAAUGCCGACAACGUUCUGUGGACAAUUACCGGUCUAGUAAUGGGAACAUUGAACAUUGUCCUGGCGCUUUUUCUCUUACUCGGCCUAGCAAAUGUGAACUAUGUAUUUUUAGUUGGAUGGUGCUUAUCCUGCCCGAUAUUUUACCUCUUGGACUGCAUCCUGUUCACCUUUCUCUUGAAGCACUGCACAAGCAAGGAACGGUUCGAGAGAUGCAAAUCUCACUACAUUGCAUCAACAAUUUUCUCCUUCAUUUUCAACUCGUAUUUUCUAUGGGUCGGCAUUUCCGUCAUUUAUUGGUGCAAUUGUCGAAGGGAUCCGUUCGACUGCAAAUUUCAGAGAGAUUACUGUCACUCUUUUAACCUAAAUUUUUCCGGUGGUGCGGGGGACCGUGGACUUGAAGAUGGCGGCGGUGGUGGGGGCGAGUCCAGCUUUUAUGACCUUACCGAAAUUUAUCAUCCUUUUGGAACGGCGAGCUUGUAAUUAUUUUAUAUCUAUCAACCAAGCAGAGAGAGAGAUUAUUACACGGGUGAAGGGCGAAUGAAAUGAAAGGGACAUAAUUUUUGACCUGACCUUAUCCUCUACAAUUUUUACUUUUUGUGAUAGCAUAUCUAUGAAUAAAUAUGAAAGUAUAAAUUGCUUGAGCAUGACAAACAAA